ACCGGGGCGGCGGCAAGGGCGAGUGAGUGCGGCGGCGUGGGGCGGAGGCAGGCGCCCGGGCCGCUCGGGAUUGGGCCGCCGACCGGACCACCUGCCACCCAGGGGAGGGUCCCGGUGGCGAGAGCGGGGUGGGGUGCCCCGGGAACCCUGGACCCAACUGGGGCAGAGGGCACUGGACCGGGCCGGACUCAGGCAUUCAGGAGGCGGGCGAGCCCAGGUUGCUGAGAGGCCGCAGGAAGGUGAUACGGAGAGCUGAAACCAUGGUUCAGCAGGUGCUGUACCGGGCGCUGGUCUCCACCAAGUGGCUGGCGGAGUCCGUCCGGGCUGGCAGGCUGGGCCCUGGCCUUCGAGUGCUGGACGCCUCCUGGUACUCGCCGGGCACCCGCGAGGCCCGCAAGGAAUACCUAGAGCGCCAUGUGCCCGGCGCCUCCUUCUUUGACAUAGAGGAGUGCCGGGACAGAGCGUCGCCCUACGAGAUGAUGCUGCCCAGCAAGGCGGGCUUCGCCGACUACGUGGGCAGCCUGGGCAUCAGCAACGACACGCACGUGGUGGUGUACGAUGGUGACGACUUGGGCAGCUUCUAUGCACCGCGGGUCUGGUGGAUGUUCCGCGUGUUUGGCCACCGCACCGUAUCCGUGCUCAAUGGUGGCUUCCGGAACUGGCUGAAGGAGGGCCACCCGGUGACAUCUGAGCCCUCACGCCCAGAGCCAGCUGUCUUCAAAGCCACACUGGACCGCUCCCUGCUCAAGACCUACGAGCAGGUGCUGGAGAACCUCGAAUCGAAGAGGUUCCAGCUGGUGGAUUCACGGGCCCAAGGGCGGUACCUGGGCACGCAGCCGGAGCCAGAUGCAGUAGGACUGGACUCGGGCCACAUCCGAGGCUCAGUCAACAUGCCCUUCAUGGACUUCCUGAUGGAGGAUGGCUUCGAGAAGAGCCCGGAGGAGCUCCGUGCCAUGUUCGAGGCCAAGAAGGUGGACCUCGCAAAGCCCAUCAUUGCCACAUGCCGAAAGGGUGUCACUGCCUGCCACAUCGCCCUGGCCGCCUACCUCUGCGGCAAGCCCGAUGUGGCCAUCUAUGACGGCUCCUGGUUCGAGUGGUUCCACCGGGCCCCCCCGGAGACCCGGGUGUCCCAGGGGAAAGGCGGGAAGGCGUGAGCAGUGGCCUCUCCUACCCUCGCCCACAACUCCUGCCAGUGGAGUGACCCCAGCGUGGCCCGCAGCUGGUCCAUGCCUCAUCGGCUAAGGAGAUGAACAAGUUUUUAGAGUUAAUGGGUAGAGCGCUCCUUUUCCCAACAACACUGGAAUAAAACUGGCCUUUUCCGAGUAGCUGUGUGAGCCCGUUUCUCCCUUGGUUCCGUCCUUACCCCAUGUUUCCUUCUCCUUCAGAUUCCUUAGAAUCCACCGAGGAAGGGAACCUCCACACCCACCCACACGCUGGGGACACUGCUUUAUUACUUAGUUUUGGCAAAGGAAGCUGCCUGUUGCCGCCUGUCAGAUGGAGCACGCUGGGACCUUUCCUGGAAGGGGUACCAGGAAGCCAGACAGAGUGAAACCUAGGUUAGCCGGUGCACCAUCCCUUCCUGCUGUGGGUCCAGCCCUCUAGGAGGAGGGGGUGGGAGGGGAGACAGCUGGUCUUCACCUGAAAUGAGUGUUCAAAGAGGUGUCCCACAGGCCCUGGGGCCUUUCAGAAGAGGUGAUGCUCAGAGGCAACUCAGUGUUCCUUGCAGCACUAUUUACAACAGCCAAGACACGGAAGCAGCCUAAAUGCCCAUCAGCAGAGGAAUGGAUAAAGAAGCUGUGGUGCAUAUACACAAUGGAAUAUUACUCAGCCAUGAAAAAGCAUGAAAUAAUGCCAUUUGCAGCAACAUGGAUGACCUGGAGUUUAUCAUACUAAGUGAAGUAAGUCAGACAAAGACAAAUAUCAUAUAUCACUUAUAUAUGGAAUCUAAAAUACGAUACAAAUGAACUUAUUUACAAAAUAGAUACAAACUCACAGUCUUCGAAAACAAAUUUAUGGUUACCAGAGGGGGAAGGUGGCAGGGGGAUAAUUUAGGAGUUUGAGAUUAAUAUAUACACACUACUAUGUAUAAAAUAGAUAAUCAACAAGGACCUACUGUAUAGCCCAGGGAACUCUACUCAACAUUCUGUAAUAACCUAUGUGGGAAAAGAAUCUGAAAAAGAGUGGAUAUAUGUAUAUGUAUAACGGAAUCACUUUGCUGUACACCUGAAACUAACACAUUGUAAAUCAACUAUACCCCAAAAUAAAAUAAAAAUCCAAUUUAAAAAAAAGA